AUGAUGAUACCCCAGCUUCAUGAAGGAUCCCUGGCAUCCUCUGACAGACACACAUUCACAGGCCUAUCGCCAGCUAUGCCGGGAAAGGGGUUGGAUGAGGACUGCUUCUUCUUGAACAGAUUUCCAAAGAGGAGAAUAUUGGUUAGAAAUGACUCCUUAGUGACUGAAUUUCUUCUUGCUGGAUUAACAGACCGCCCAGAGCUCCAGCAACCCCUCUUUUUCCUGUUUCUGAUGAUCUACAUUGUCACCAUGGUGGGCAACCUUGGUUUGAUCAUUCUCAUUGGUCUCAACUCGCACAUCCACACCCCCAUGUACUACUUCCUCUUCAACCUAUCCUUCAUUGAUCUCUGUUACUCUUCUGUUUUCACCCCCAAGAUGCUGAUGAACUUUGUAUCAAGGGAGAAUAUCAUCUCCUAUGUCGGGUGCAUGACUCAGCUGUUUUUCUUUCUCUUUUUUGUCAUCUCGGAAUGCUACAUGUUGACCUCAAUGGCCUAUGACCGCUAUGUGGCCAUCUGUAAUCCAUUGCUGUAUAGGGUCACCAUGUCCCAUCAGGUCUGUUCCUUGCUAAGUGUUGCUGCAUAUAUGAUGGGAUUUGCUGGAGCCUCUGCCCACACAGGGUGCAUGCUUAUACUAACCUUCUGCAAUGUCAAUAUCAUCAACCAUUACUUGUGUGACAUUCUUCCUCUUCUCCAACUCUCUUGCACCAGCACCCAUGUCAAUGAGGUAGUAGUUCUGAUAGUUGUGGGAAUUAAUAUCACCGUGCCCAGUUUUACCAUCCUGAUUUCUUAUGUCUUCAUUCUAACUAGCAUUCUUCAUAUCAAAUCUGCUCAAGGAAGAUCAAAAGCCUUCAGUACCUGUAGCUCUCACAUCAUUGCUCUUUCUCUUUUUUUUGGGUCAGCAGCAUUCAUGUAUCUUAAAUAUUCUCCUGGAUCUAUGGAGCAGGGAAAAGUUUCUUCAGUUUUCUAUACCAAUGUGGUACCCAUGCUCAAUCCCCUGAUCUACAGUUUGAGGAACAAGGAUAUCAAAGUUACACUGCAGGAAACCAUGUUCAAAAUCUGGAGGAGAAACAUGCUGUAA